UUUUAUCACUUUCAAUUUUUAUCCUUGCUAUAAAUGUAAAUUCGUCUUGGUAAAAUACUUAAAUACGACGUCCACAAAAACAAUCCAAUUAAUGUAUAACGGAAGUUGGUACUAUGUACCUAAUUUAAAUUGAACACAAACUAUUUGUAUAAUUAUUAAUUGCUAAUUAUUGUUAUGUAACCGAUCAUUCAGGUAAUAGCCAAUAGACAUCGGCUCGUGGGCGGCUAUGGACGAAGCCGCCGUGUUUCGAUCAUUUACUGUUCACUAAUCGUAAUUAAUAAUUAUUUUACAAGCUAAGCACAUUGGUAUAAAUUUGCAUUUCCAAUUCGUGAUGUUUAUCCGAUAAGACGCAAAGAUUUGAUACCGUCGAAAUAUGUACUGACUACAACUGUUUGAUUGUGACUUACAUAAUUUUAAGUAAUAAAUAAAUAAAAUUCUCAAUUCAAUUCACUGUUUAAUACGGCUUUGUUUACAUUUGUGCAGGAUGGUUGUCAACAAAAAUGGUUGAAGUUGCCGAUGUGUCAAUUACAUAUCAAAAGCUUCAUAGUAAUAUAUUACUUGUGUUGGAAACAAAAUAUUUCUCGGGAAUAUUCCUGUUACUUAAAAACUCUUAGAAAUAUUUUUCAUGCAAGAACUACAUUUUCCAGCCAUGUUCAAAUAUUCAUACAUAUAUGCUAUUGUAUUCUUGGACUUAAUCAGCAUUAGCCUCAUCAUACCAGUAUGGGGCACUCACUUACGCUCUUUAGGCGCUAGUCACUUUCAUAUAGCCUUACUAGGUUCUACAUAUUCAUUUYUACAAUUCUUAUCUGGCACACCAAUUGGAGCACUCAGUGAUCAUUAUGGCCGAAAAAUUGUACUUAUUGUUACAAUAUGCAUUUGUGCCAUAGCUUAUUUUGUUUUAGGCUGUGUGAAAUCAUUCAUAUUCAUAGCACUUAUUCGUAUUCUUCAAGGAUGUUUGAAACAUUCACAACUUUUGUGCAAGACAUUAGUUAAUGACCAAGUACCUGCUGACCAACAGACUACAGUUUAUGGAAGAAUGAAUGGAUUUUCUUCACUYUCAUUUGUUAUUGGACCAAUUAUUGGUGGUCAUCUAAUGGAAAAAAGUGAAGGAUUUUAUAGUCUAGCAUGUUAUACUUCCAUAAUAUUUCUAAUCAACGCUUUAGUUGUUUAUUUUACGGUUCCUAACACAACUGUACCAAAAAAAGAAAGAAAGAGUGCAUCACCAUUUAGUGAUUUGAUGGAAGUAAAUUGGAAGGAAUGUUGGCCUGCUUUUUCCCUAAAAAUGUUGGGAGCUGCAGCAUUGUUUGCAUAUUUUAGUUCAGUUGGUCUUGCUAUGAAUGAAAAGUUCAAUUUAACUCCAUCAGAAGCUGGUUAUACUGGUGCCUUACAAGGACUUACAGGUGGCAUAACUGGAUUUGCAGCUGGUAAAAUAGAAAACAUAAUAUUUCCAUCUAAAAACCCAUUUUCCAAAUGUUUUUAUUCCUUUAUAAUGUUGGGUAUUGGAUUUGUUAGUUUAGCCUUGGCACCAAAUUUAAUUAUAUUUAUGGCAGCUAUGAUUCCAAUCAGCGCUUCGAGUACACUGAUAAGAGGAUUUAACAAUGAAAUAUUGUAUGAACAGUCUUCAUCUGAUCACAAAGGUCUAGUUGCUGGUGCAGGAGCUAGUUCUGCGGCAAUAUCAAGAUUUCUAGCACCAAUUAUAUGUGGAUUUACAAUGGACAUGUUUGGAAAUAGCUCUGGAUUUUUGUUGUCUGCAUUAUUUUCAUUCACUGGAGCAGUGGUGUCAAUAUGUCUAAUUAAGAGAUCAAAAGCUCAUGUUGAAUAAGUUUAAAGUGUGUUGCAAACAGAAAUGCUUUCUAGCUUUCUAAUGCAUUUGAAAAACAUAAGAUAAAAAAUAAAGUACUGGUUUUCAAAUUAAAAGAUGCUAUUAGUCUUAGUUAAUAUUAAUUAUUAUACUGCAAAUUUUGAUAAUAUGUGAUUAUGUAAAGUAAAUAUAUUAUUGUUAUUUAUA